GCGCGCUGCGGGACCCGGGAUUCGCCGCUCGCGCUCGCUUCCUCCGGCGCGGAUGGCGGCCGCUGGGCCACGCGGCCUCCGGGCCGGGGAGGUGGCGGGAGCCGGGGAGCUGCCCGCGCCCCGGCCGGGGCGGAGAGGGGUCGGCGGCGUGACCUGGCAGCGGGACACCGCGGGCAACUGGAUCCGGCGCCUGGAAGCAGCAGCUGCUGCACGUUCAGAAACCACACCCAAGGGUGCUGAGGGCCAGCCUGCCGCCUCUUCGCGGGCCACAAGCCCUGCCAAAGGCCCUCGGAACCAGCAGCAGCUGCAUCGAGAGUUAUUGUUCACCCAUCGCAAAGGCCUGAGCCUUCGUUCUAAGCCAGAGCUGCUGCAGGUGCUGGAGCACCGGAACCGGCGCCGGGAUGGGGUGGAAAGUGGUGUGGAGCAGUCGUCCCUUGAGCAAGAGCUGCUGCGCCGGCAGCAAAGGCGGGAACAGAACCAGCAACAGGAAGAAACAGGUGAUACGCUUGGGAAUCAACCAGAGUUCAUCCAGGUCCGGGAAAACCUACGAAGGACACACUAUCCACGAGAUCCCCCUCCUCUGCGUGCAGCCCCUCCCCCAAUAUCCACCCCCUUCCUGCGCCCUCAUCUCACUAAUAGGCAGCCCUCCAGGAUCUCAGCCACACGCUCAUCUGUGGUCCCCAAGCCUCCAGCCCCACAGCCUCAGGGUUCCCUAAAGGGGUCUAGUCUCUCCUCAGCUCCCCAUGCCAAUACAUGAGCUUCCUGCCUCCCACCCCACUUGUCACUAAUAUGACCAGGCACAUUAUGGCUCCCUUCUGCUCUAGAGCUGGAGAGACAAUACCACAGCAGCCUUUGUCCUAAAUGGUUGGGCUUAUACUGCACCCAAGAGCUGGAAUAACCAAAAGGGAAGGGGGCAAGGGGUUGCUCUCAUCUGGACCCCACUUCUCCACCCCACUUGUCAGUCAGAAAAUUAAAGCCCUCUUAAACAGAAAGUCUCACUUAUUGUUACCUGCAGUUUUAGAGAGUGACCUGCUACUUGAUCUGAGGGAAGGGGGGAAUAAGAAGCAGCAGACAAUGGAAAAGGUGAAUUAGUGAUGUUCACAUAGAGAUAAAAAUGAAAGACACAAUCUUUUAAAAAACAAAAACAAAACCCUUUGUGGGGUUUAUUGGAUAUUUCAUGUUUGCACACAUUUUUAAAGAAAAAGCUAUUGAUAAGCUACAUUUAUCCCCUCAUUUCUCUUUCCCGCUCAUAGCCACCCAUGCCCGAUUAAUAAAGCACAAGUUACAAAAAUAGCAGAUUAAAAAUACUCCAGAUUAAGCUAUCUGAAGUUUGACUAGGGAGGUAGGGAGCUGCCAUGAUUUGGGGAGGUUGAUAGGACACCUCCAUCUUUCAGCCCCUCUAUACUACGCUCCACUUGGGGGUUACAAACAAGAAGGCACUUAGUGACAGCCCUACAGAGAUAUCCCAGGCUCUUUUUGAGGAGACGGCCUAGGUGUACAAUGUGCCCCCGUAGCUGAGGCCUCACUGCUGAAGAUACUUCACAAAAGGGUUGUCGUCAGCA